UUAUUUCUACCAGUUGGAUAAGCUAAGGCGUUUAAAUGGUUGAUCCACUUUCAUUGCUGGCCAAUAAUACUACAGCGAUUGGGGAUGAAAACAAUUGAAAGCGGCAACCGGCAACGACAGCAACACGAUGCAGCAACAAGAGAAACGUCGCGAGCUGCGGCUGAAAAAGUUCUGGCGGACCACCACCAAACCUCCCACAUCGUCCGAAGACUCCGGCGGCUGCGAAAGUCCUACAAAACUCGGACGAAAGGCCUUCCAGCAGCCGCACCAGAAUAGCAUCAACAGUCCGGCUAGGAACCCGCCCACAUGUUCGCUUCCGCUGCUGCAGGUGUGGCCAAGCCAGGACUCGCCACGUGGCGAAGCCGACGGCCAAAGUUUCGUGUUCCCGCUGGCCCCCGAUGACACCCACUUGGGCGGUCUGCAUCACACCUCCUCGCUGUACCAUCCGGCGAUCGCAUCGGGCAGCGGAAGUGGCGACCUGCGGCGAAACUCACUCUUCGUGGACCAGCUGCAGGCCGGCGAUUCCGGGAUUGACUCCGUGCAGGCGUCGCCCUCGCCGGUGGCCAUGCCCUGUCAUCCAAUGGUCGUGUCCAACGCCAUUUCACCAAGUGCAUCGCCGACGGUGGGUUCGCCGACGCCCUCGGUGGACCGGAACAACCGGCGGCCGUCGACGUCCCUGUUGCACCCGGACCAUGCCCGACUCUUUGCCCUGCGCCAACCGACGUCACCCGACCAAUCAUCACUAGAAGACAAUACGGAGUUCAACGGUGCCGUGGGGAACCACGGCCUGUGCACGGCCAGUUCCAGCACGACCUCAUCCCUGACGUCGGUGGCGGUGGCCACCCUGGGACAUCAUCCACAAAGAUCCUCGGACCCCUGGCUGCGCCCCGAGCGUGACAAGGACCACCUCGAUCUGGACCAGCGGCGCGCCUCCACCAUGACCGCCCGUCUCUCCCUCUUUGACGCCCUGGACCUGGAGUACGCCCUGCUGCGAGCGGCCGCCCGUGGUUCCGUCGGGCCGUACUCCCUGAGCGAAUCGCUCCACAAGCUCACCUUUACCCAAUCGCUCGCCUUUCCGGCGUUGGCCCGCGGGUUGGCCUCGAAGCGGCGUGCCUCGACGGAGCAGAGUUCAACGCGGCCGCUCAACCCGAACGAGUCCGGCCUGAACACGUUCGCCAAGGUCGUCACCGCCUGUGUUCUAGUGAUGGUUAGCUUUCUGGUGUUUCUCGUAGUGUACAAGUACGUACGGACGUGAGGGUUGCUCCUGGCCCCGACCGAAGUCACGCUGGCACAGGCCACCACGGCCACCACCCUCGUGACCAACAGCUAUCACCGCGUGGCUAACAGAACGCUAGCGUCGGGCGUCAGGAAGCUUUUUAACCUCGAAAAUUAGUGACAAAAGUGCAGAACAGCGAAGAACAUUGUGCAGCACAACGUGAACGUGAACCUCCCAGCGCGAACCGAUCGGGAGGGAGGGGGCGGAAACGUGCUUCUUUCUUAUGAUGUAGAUCAUUUAAGGAAAUUUAGGAAGAAAACAAAUGAAUAAGAAGAAUGAGAGAAAAUCAGCUAAAGAAGACGGUAUUUAGUUCGUAUUCAACAUCACACGGUCACCAAGUUUAUCAAACAUUUGUAAUGAUAUAUCCAACAUUUGAUCAAACAUCGGUAUUAUCGAAAUCA